AUGAUUAACGAUAAAUUAGUAUACUUUCUGAUCCAGAAUUAUGACGACAUUUUAAGAGCACCGCUCUCUGGACAGCUCAAAGAUGUUUAUUCAUUGUAUGUUAGUGGCGGUUAUAAUGAUUGCGUGGAAGACUUGAGUGACGGUAAGAGUGACCUUUUACAGUUCGAACAAUUUUGGAAUGAUAUUGAGGAUAUUGUAUUUGCAACUCCGGAGUCUAUUCAAUUCGACCAAAAUCUACUAGUGGCAGAAAGACCCGAAAAAAUUGUUUACCUAGAUGUUUUCUCCUUAAAAAUCCUCUAUAAUAAGCUUCAUCCGUUCCACUAUGCAUUUAAAUUGCCCCGUUCUUCGUUUAAUGAUGACGUAUCGAGUUUAACAACAUCGGAGACUGAUCUGAAAGAAAAUCAACUGUUGUCUAGAUUGUUGGACGUGCUAAAUUGGGAUGCUAAUGCAAGUAGCCAAGGAUUACCACGUGAACAAUUAAGCAAUCGCUUACAAAAUUUACUACGGGAGAAACCAUCAUCUUUUCAACUUGCUAAAGAAAGAGCCAAAUAUACGACUAAGGUUAUUGAGUAUAUUCCCACAUGUAGUGACUAUUCACAUGCAUCUCUAUUGUCGACUUCAGUGUACAUUGUUAAUAACAAAAUUGUUUCUUUACAAUGGUCGAAAAUAUCAGCAUGCCAAGAGAACCAUCCAGGAUUAAUAGACUGUAUUCAAUCAAAAAUUCAUUUCAUUCCCAAUAUAAAACCACAAACAGAUACUUCCUUAGGGGAUUGUUCCUAUUUGGAUACAUGCCACAAAUUAAAUAGCUGUCGAUACGUUCAUUAUUUGCAAUAUAUCCCUUCAUGUUUACAAGAGCGAGCUGACCAUGAGACUGCAAAAGAGAAUAAGAAAAUAGAGUCUAACGUUUCCAUUCCAUUUUAUACUCUGGGUAAUUGCUCCGCACAUUCCAUCAAAAAGGCUUUGCCUGCACAAUGGAUUCGUUGCGAUGUACGGAAAUUCGAUUUCAAAAUUUUGGGAAAGUUUUCGGUAGUUAUUGCAGACCCUGCAUGGAACAUACAUAUGAACUUACCAUACGGUACUUGCAACGAUAUUGAACUGUUAGGUUUACCCUUGCACGAACUACAAGAUGAAGGAAUUAUUUUUCUUUGGGUAACGGGAAGGGCUAUUGAACUAGGAAAAGAAUCUUUGAAUAACUGGGGGUACAAUGUAAUAAACGAAGUUUCUUGGAUAAAAACUAAUCAAUUGGGUAGGACAAUUGUUACAGGUCGAACGGGACAUUGGCUAAAUCAUUCUAAGGAGCAUUUAUUGGUAGGCUUGAAGGGAAAUCCAAAAUGGAUCAACAAGCAUAUUGACAUUGAUCUAAUCGUAUCAAUGACUAGAGAGACUAGUAGGAAGCCUGAUGAACUAUACGGUAUAGCCGAAAGGUUGGCGGGAACACAUGCGAGAAAACUGGAGAUAUUUGGAAGAGAUCACAAUACCAGGCCAGGCUGGUUCACUAUCGGGAAUCAACUCACAGGAAAUUGCAUAUAUGAAAUGGAUGUUGAAAGAAAGUACCAGGAAUUUAUGAAAUAUAGAACCGGAAACAGCAACACCGGUAAUAAAAAAUUCGAUAAAAAGUCCAGCUCAAAUCCACAGCAGCACUAUUGGAAUAAUAUGAACAUGAACGGUGGUAAAUAUUAUAUGGAAACCAAGCAGGAUACCAUAAACAAAAAACAAAAUCUUCCAGAAUCCAAACAGCAACAGCAGCAGCAAUUCCAAUCAUUAAAUAAUCUAUAUUUUGCUCAGUAA